GGACCGGCCGGGUGAGAAUCGGGAUCGAAUCGUUGAGACAGACUGUACCUAGAAGUACGGGUUAGGGCGAUUCAUCGUAAUCUUAUUAUUCCCGCGUUAAGUUGGGUUGCCAGUGGUUACCAGUUACUCCUGCUUCCUGCCUCAUUUGGACAAAUCGAUCAACGGAGGUUCGCAAUUUAUCCCUCAAAAGAAAGAAUUUCUUGAGAAAUGUUGGGGUUCUGUGGAGCAGCUCUCAAAUCCACUUGUCUGCUUCCACUCUGUGUAGCUCCCACCUGCAGCACCACCACCGCCAUCAGCUCCUCCGCCUCUUUAUGUCCACUUUUCUUACAAUGCAAACUAAGAAGUAUGAUUAGGGUUUCUUCUGUUUCCUGGAAGCCCACCAAUUUAACUUUAAGAGUCCGUGCGGCGAACACUGUAGGCGUUUCCCUUCUGCAAACCGACGGUGACUUUUGGGAGGAUCCUGACGACGGCAGUGGUAGUGAACACGAGGAUGACGAUGAAGAUGUCGAAGAAAACGACCUGGAUUUCGAGAGCGACUGGGAAGACCAAGUUGGAGGAGAUUCUCAUGCAACUCUUACCACUACUACUAGUAAAUCUCCAACAGCCCAGUACGAAGAGGACCUCGCCAGAGAAGUUGAGCAGCUAUUGGGUCCAGAGGAAAGAGAAAUUUUUCAACAGAAUGAAUCUCCUGUUCUCAGCAAAAUAUCAACUGCAAAAUGGAGCCCACUUCAUACUCUUGCACUAUCAGGGCAGAUUCCUUUCAUGGAUAAACUACUUGACCAAGGUGUUGAUAUUGAUACUGUUGAUAAGGAUGGCUACACUGCACUCCACAAGGCUGUUAUUGGUAAAAAAGAACCUGUUAUUAGUCAUCUUCUAAGGAAAGGUGCAAAUCCUCAUGUCAGAGAUAGGGAUGGUGCAACUCCGCUUCAUUAUGCAGUGCAAGUUGGGGCAAUGCAGACUGUGAAACUUUUGAUUAAGCACAAGGUUGAUGUAAAUAUUGCCGACAAUGAAGGCUGGACCCCGCUGCAUGUUGCUAUACAAAGUAGGCACAGAGACAUAGCUAAAGUUUUGUUAGUCAAUGGUGCUGAUAAGACAAGAAGAAAUAAGGCUGGUAAGACACCACUGGAUGUAAGCUUGUGUUAUGGUAAAGAUUUCAAGUCUUAUGACCUUGCAAAGCUACUGAAGGUUUUGCCAGUUAGCACAUAUACUUGAUUGGCAAGCAUUGUUGAGUUGGCUACUUUCGUAGAACUGUUCUACAUGAGUUGAUUAUAGUUAUACCUCCCCAAGCCUGGUGUUUCGAGUGGUGAGAAGGCUGUUUCUUGGUUUUAUUAUGUAGUCUUUAUCUACAGGUAAGGAGUGUGUCCCCCAUUAUCAGAUAUCCAGGAAGUAAUCUGCGGUUAGUUUUAUGGAUAAUGAGUUCAUGCUCAAACUUUUUGGAAAGUUAUAGAUCUAGCUGUAUAUUUAAUUUGAAUUGGACUUUAAUGCUUUUACAUUUACAUUCCUUGAUUGAAGGAAAACCUGGAUGUCCUGGUUCUCUGUUGUUAAAUAUGUUUACAAAAAUGCAUUUUAGGAGUGAUUUCUGCAGCUGCAGCUUUUAAAUGAACAAUCUGAUGAUCCCAGAGUCUGGAAGGACCUACCCUUGGAAGAUCUUGAUCUUGACUGUAUUUCCAUUUCGGUUAUAAAGCAAGGGCUUAUUCAAUGUUUA